AUGGCAAUAAUGUACAACGGUUGGAUAUGGCGAAAAUAUAAUUCCCUUAUAUUUAUUGUAUUACUUACUGAACUUUAUACAUAUUUAUGCAAAUAUUAUUAUCCAGAUUUCUUGUAUAUCAAUUUUCUGAAUGGAGUUAAUGGUCAAUUAAAUCUUUGGGUAGAUCGUCAAUUAGUUAUACAGAUUAUUGAAUCAAUGCCACAUAAUCAAAAUAUCCCUAGUAAAUUACGUUGUCCAAGAAGACUACCUGAAAUUCAUAGACAUAUACCCGAACAUUUGUUCCUUGUUUUCAAUGGACUACUUUUACACGAAGCACUGGAUCGUAUUUCAUUAUCUGCCCAUAGACCUAUCCCUCCACGCAUUGAUAUGUUGCGCGUUAAGUGGAGAGCUGGUUUUGAACGUUUAACUUACAAUAUUGAUUUGAAGUCAAUGAACCAUACACUACUGCAUACUCCACUUCUAAAUAUUGCCAAAUCUGGUUAUAUACCAGCUACUCAGUCAGAUGUACAAAUUUCCCUACCAUGUACUGGAAGAUUUACUGGUAUAGCUCCAUUUCAAGUAAGAUUAGAUGUUCAAAGAGAAUUUGAAGGUUUAAGGAAAAUUCCACCAAUUUCAUUUAUCGUAUACAAAUAUUGUCUUAGUGCAUCUCAACACACGCGAUUCAUUAUCAAAUGCGAAUGUCGCGCUCAAUGCUUACAAUCAAACACAUACAACCACCGACAUCCAAUUCGAAAGCGCUGUAUCCGACGUUGCAGAAAACGUUUUGGACUAAAUAAUCCAAACCCGAAACAGACUAAAUGAAAACCAAUAUUCGGAGGACAAAGACGAAGAUAUUGUAGAGAACUAGUUUUCCAUUUUAACAGUUAUCAACAUACACGAUAAAUUCUUUAAAACUGAUAGACAUUUAAGUGCUUCUGAAAAACAUAACGUAAUGAAGUUCCUCUUUUCCAAAAAUUGGAAAUUAAAGCUAUCAAGAUUUACUUUAGAUAAUAUUAUACCUGAG